AAAGAUAACUGGCUGAGAUCCUGUAUGUUUGAAAAACAGCUCGUGGUUAAUAUGUAACGCUCAGAGCACACUUGCACUUUGUAUCACCAAAUAAUAGAAGGAGCUUUCAGACAUCAUCUUGCCCAAGCUGAAUGUUUGUGUACCCAAAUCUACUGAGACUCCAAACAAAGCGGUACACAAAAUGAAGAUUGGACUUAUAUUCAUUGUGGCUUACGUGUGCUUCCUCGCUCCUGUCCACCAAACACACCUUCCAAAUGCCACCAUCUCAGACCUGUCCUUCAAAAAUAUGGAUUUUGCCAUGAACCUUUACAGAAAAAUAUCUACCUUUCAUGACAAGAACAUCUUUUUCUCACCUAUGAGCAUCUCUACCAGCUUUGCUGCUCUCUUAAUGGCUUCUGAUGGUGUCACACACAAGGAAAUACUGAGGGCUCUCAACCUGGAGCAGCUGGAGCAGCCUGACCAGCCAGAAUUUCUCCCGAAACUCUUCCAGCUCCUCAAACAGAACAUCACACAGAACAGAUCACUGAAAUUGGAUCAAGGCAUGGCCCUCUUUAUGCACCCACAAUAUGAGGUGGAGAAGAUAUUUGAGGACCAAGUCAAGAAGUUUUUUGAUGCUGACAUCAAAAGUGUUGAAUUUGGCGACACAGAAGGAAGUAUUGGCUUCAUCAAUGAGUAUAUCAAGCUCAAGACUCACGAUAAAGUGAUGGAGAUGAUUUCGACCCUGGAUGCAAUGACCCGACUCAUGUUAAUCAACACAAUUUUCUUCCAGGGGGUUUGGCAGAUGCCUUUUAACCCCAAUUUCACUGAAAAUGCACCCUUCUACAUUGACAACUAUAGCAUUGUGCAAGUGCCAAUGAUGUUUCAAGAGGAUAAGUUCUACAUGAUGGAAGAUGUUGCUCUUGGUGCCAAAGUGCUGAAGCUGCCAUACCAGGAAGGAGUCUCCAUGCUUAUCCUGCUACCCAACAAAGGCAUUGACUACACUGUAAUUGAUGAUGAGAUCAAUGCUGAAAAAUUCCUCAGGUGGAUCAAAAAGCUGCAAAAAACCAAACUGGAAGUCAACAUGCCCAAAUUCAAGAUGGAGCAGUCGUACUCCCUGCACGAUCUUUUGCCAAAUAUGGGCAUGGCCAGCGUCUUCAGUAAUUCAGCCAAUUUGACGAAGCUGAGCAAGGAUGAGGGCCUCAAAGUAUCAGAGGUGUUGCACAAGGCUGUGAUUGAGGUGGAUGAGACCGGGACCACUGCAGCAGCUGCCACAACAAUUGGCAUUACUCCAUAUUCCUUACCCAAGACCUUCAUUGUCAACAGACCAUUCUUCUUCUUCAUAUAUCAUGAAGACACAAACUGUAUGCUGUUCAUGGGCAGGGUGAUUGACCCCACCAAAAACUAGCAGUCACGACUGUACUGUUUGAGCACUGAAGUGAUUGACAUUGUGUUUAGUCAGGCUUUUAAAGUGCUAUUUCGAAACUUUUUUUUUUUUUUUUAAUUUGGCCUAAAAUGCUUGUACUGGUCUGUACUGUAAGCCUGCCAAUGUGUGAACUCUGGUAAUAAAGAAAUGAUGAUAUACCUUU